UUUCAGUCCUCGGGGAAAGAGGGCUUAGUUUUGCAUGUUCCCAUCCAUCCUGCACGACGCGAAAGGGCCCCUUAUCCACCUCUCCUGUGUACUAGGAACACCUCCACUGGUGAUCAGCCUUUGCCUGUGUUUGUCUUGUGGAGAAGCAGCAGCACCUUUUCAGGAGUGGGUUUUUUAUUCAACAAGAAGUCCUGAAGGUUUUGGAUGCGGUGCUUCAGGGAUGUGGGCACUUUGAGAGCAGCAUCACCCACAAACACAAACAACUGCCAUCGAUUUUUCUGUGAAUAGCACAAAAAAAAAAAGAAAAAGAAAAAAAAAACAGAGGAACAAUAGCAACACAAAAAAAUCUUGUCUAUUGAACAAUUCACUUUUCCAGUCUGUGGAUACCGCUCUAACUAAGUACAGCACUUUGAGAAUUGUUCACAUCGGACGGACUGAAGAGGGAGGCAAGACCUGUGGACCGGGUUUUCCCUCGCAAGUCUGAAUCGGCUCUCGCUACUUAUCCCGUGAAAAAAAAAACCCUGAAGGAUAACACGCUUGGACGUUUAUUUGCCUAAUUUCGCAGGAGGCUCUUUUUCACGCAAAUUGUCCUAAAUGUUUGGGAUUCAGGAAACUAUACCGCGGGGUGGGACGACGAUGAAGGAGGAACCGCUGGGUGGACUGAACUCGGUCCGCUCCUGGAUGCACACAGCUGGGGUGGUGGAUGCAAACACAGCCGCCCAAAGCGGUGUCGGCUUGGCACGGGCACAUUAUGAAAAGCAGCCCCCUUCCAACCUCAGAAAAUCCAAUUUUUUCCAUUUCGUCCUGGCGCUGUAUGACAGACAGGGUCAGCCCGUGGAGAUCGAAAGGACAGCUUUUGUGGACUUUGUGGAGAAAGAAAAAGAACCAACCAGUGAAAAAACUAACAAUGGGAUACAUUACAAACUACAGUUAUUGUACAGUAACGGCGUCAGAACAGAACAGGAUCUUUACAUACGGUUAAUCGAUUCCAUGACGAAGCAGGCCAUAGUUUAUGAGGGUCAAGACAAGAAUCCAGAAAUGUGCAGAGUUCUUCUUACUCAUGAAAUUAUGUGCAGCCGAUGCUGUGACAAGAAAAGCUGUGGAAACAGGAACGAGACUCCCUCAGACCCAGUGAUCAUUGACAGAUUCUUCCUAAAGUUCUUUCUCAAGUGCAAUCAGAACUGUCUGAAGAAUGCAGGGAAUCCACGAGACAUGCGCAGAUUCCAGGUUGUCGUAUCGACGACCGUCAAUGUGGACGGCCAUGUCUUGGCUGUCUCUGACAACAUGUUUGUACACAACAAUUCCAAGCAUGGGCGAAGGGCUCGCAGACUCGACCCUUCAGAAGGUACGCCUCCUUAUCUGGAGAAUGCAGCCACCCCAUGCAUCAAGGCUAUCAGUCCCAGUGAGGGAUGGACCACUGGAGGUGCCACUGUCAUCCUCAUAGGGGACAACUUCUUCGAUGGCCUACAAGUUGUGUUCGGCACCAUGCUUGUAUGGAGUGAGCUCAUAACUCCCCACGCCAUCCGCGUCCAGACUCCACCUCGGCACAUUCCCGGUGUUGUGGAAGUAACGCUGUCCUACAAGUCCAAGCAGUUCUGCAAAGGCGCCCCUGGAAGAUUCGUCUAUACCGCCCUGAAUGAGCCAACCAUCGACUAUGGGUUCCAGAGGCUGCAGAAAGUCAUCCCCAGACACCCCGGCGACCCUGAGAGGUUACCAAAGGAGGUGCUACUGAAGAGGGCGGCUGAUCUCGUUGAAGCCCUGUAUGGAAUGCCUCACAACAAUCAGGAGAUCAUUCUGAAGAGGGCAGCUGACAUCGCAGAGGCCCUGUACAGCGUUCCCCGCAACCACAACCAGAUCCCCUCUCUCGCUAACACAGCCUCCCACGGCAUGAUGGGAGUCAACUCCUUCAGCAGCCAACUAGCAGUCAAUGUGUCUGAGUCACAAGGAAAUGACCAAGUGGGUUACAGCCGGAACACCAGCAGCGUGUCCCCCAGGGGCUACAUCUCCAGCAGCACCCCACAGCAGUCGAGCUACAACACCGUCAGCAACAGCAUGAAUGGCUACGGCAAUGCCGGUAUGAACCUGGGAGUGCCAAGCUCCCCUGGGUUCCUCAACGGAUCCUCUGCCAACUCCCCAUAUGGAAUUAAACAAAAGAGCGCCUUCGCCCCUGUGGUCCGACCCCAGGCCUCCCCACCCCCCUCCUGCACCAGCGCCAACGGCAACGGACUGCAAGCCAUGUCCGGCCUAGUUGUCCCUCCAAUGUAAAUGCACUUUCGUCAUCUCAAGCACCAGUCUACCCACUACCACUUCACAGGGCACCCCCUCAGCACACUGCAAAAGGCUGGUGCAAUGUAUAGUCCACCGCUUGUUCUGUUUUUGAAGACGAAGAAAAAAAAAAAGAAAGAAAAGAAAGACUUUUUUUUUUUUAAAUUUUCAUUGACUUUCACAGCCUGCAGAAAAAAAAGGAUUUCAUGAUGAACAAUAUUUUUUUUCUGUGGGAUUUUUUUUUGUUUAUUCCCCCACCCUCCUCCCAUUUUAUCACCCUUGAAGAGGACACAGGAUGAUGAAGUGUUUAUUUUGUAUACCUGUCGGGUUGCGCUUCGGUCUCGGAUUUGUCCAAUCAACCACACGCUCAAUACUGGAAGGGACUCUGUGGACUCACCAUCUGGUUGUAAAGUAAAAACACUGAUGUACAGUACAUUUGCCAAUGAACUUGUUUGCCUCAGAAAUUGUUUUCUGUUUCAACUCUCUUUUAAUAGAUUCACAACAGUUGUGUGUCUUUAUAAUGUGACUUUUUUGUAUUUUUAUGUGUGAGAAAAAUACACAGGGGCCAAGACAGUUUGAAUUUCAACUGGAAAAUAUAUGAGAUAUAUAAUGUAGAAAAUCGAUCAUAAAAGUACAACAAAUACGAGUAAAAAGGGGCAGGGCUGGGUGGGUAACGUUGUAUCAUGUUUCAUUCCUGCAUUUUAACUUAAAUUUUGUAAUUUAUUGUAGCUAGAAAUCAUCUUCAAAAGUAAAAAAAAAUCCUCUUUGAUUCAACAAGCACACUGAUGUGUACAAAACACUGCUCUGUUGAUGAAUAUGAUGUACUUCCAUGUCUAGAGCUUCCUUUUAAGCAAGUGUGUUUUGCCAUGUUUUUCAACUUUUUUGCUAGCACUGUAUAUUAAUGCAUUCCUAGGCUACUGUGAAGUCUGUUUCUUGUUGAUGAGGAGCAGUCUCCCCCCCCUAGCUCCAACUCCCUUAUGUGUUUUAUAUGUGGUAAAAAAAAAAUUGUAGACUAUUGUGAUAUUGCCAAACGUGUGCUAAAUAUUUAUACAUCUGUCUUUUUCAUGUUCUUUUAGAUCAACAAAAAAGAAAAAAAAAAAGAAAAAAAACCCCAAAACUAAAUUACAAUCCAUUGACAAUGUAGGACUAUAGUAGUUCAUUGUCAUAUUUCUGUUCCAAUACACACUUGCGCUCACUGAGGGAAAUUUUGUAACAUAUCAACUAUAAAUAAUGUAUUUAUCUCUGAAAUUUUGUAUAUUGCUUUUCAUUAUGUAUGUAUUAAUCGUCAUGCCCUUAAUAUAGUGAUGCAGCACAGAUAAUUCAGCCAAGAACUGUUGCCUUCAUUUGUUUUUCUUUUUGUAUUUGAUGAAAUGCAAUGUGCAUAUAUUUCAUGUGUAUCCUCAAAAUUUGUGUUACUCCGUCAAGACUCUCUGUCCAUUUUUUAAAGGGGAAGUCAAACUUCAUUGUUUAUUUUUGUAUUGAUUUUAAAUUAUCUAUACAGACCAUUUUGGAGAAAACUUUGUUGGUUGUAUUGUCAAAUAAAUUGUUUGUGACCCAUAUGAUAGUUGUUAAGAUCCAAUAGAGACUAAUGUGCAUGAGGGACAACCUUGGAGAUAAAAAAAAAACACUCCAUCUGUGGUUGUAUUUUUUUCUGUUUUGUAGAAUGUAUAGAAGUCAUUUUUACUCACCACUUAUGACUCUGCCACAUAGCUUACUUGUGUUUACAGGGAAGACAAAUUUAAAACUGUUCAACAUUUGGAAUGGAAACAGAAAUGAAUAAGCGAUGUUUUAUUAAAAUUUUCAGUAAAAACACAAUAGCUACUCAACUGUGGACUUCUUCAGUUUGAAGUACAGUUUGGCUGGCAGACAAACUGACAAUCAGGAACAAGAAAAAGACAGUAGAAACUUCUGAGGACAAACCUGUGAUUCGUCUGUAAGAUGUAGUGUUUAGACAUUGCUAUAGAGAUAAUUGUUUGACACCUGUGGAAAAAGUGUAACAUCCAUAAAAGAUGAAAACUGCUCUUUACUCAUAUUCUUUCAGCAAAGCACUCUGACAUUGUGACAUAUUCCUACUGGUCUUUGUAUCAGCAUAUCCUGCAUCUGUGGUGCUUCAAAGGUUCAUUGUAGCCAUUCAUAAACAGUGCAAGCUUUUUAUUCAAAACACCCCAAAUGGGGCUCAUUCAAAUCCCUCAUUUCAUUGCAUUAAGCCACCUAGUU